GGCAGACUUGGCAGUUCGCCGUCGACCAUUGGUGUCAGCUGCUACGUUCGUCAGAUGGUAAUGUGAAUCGUAGAAUAUCGCAUCGAUCACCGUACCGAAGAAAACGCAUCAAGAUGAGCGGAGGAAUGCCGGAGCUUGGCUCAAAGAUAAGUUUAAUAUCGAAGGCGGAUAUUCGUUACGAGGGUCGCCUAUUUACCGUAGAUCCGCAAGAAUGUACGAUCGCUCUUGCUAAUGUGCGUUCCUUUGGAACAGAAGACAGAGAAACUCAACUGCCCGUAGCUCCUCAAAAUCAGGUCUACGAAUAUAUUCUAUUUCGUGGCUCGGACAUAAAAGAUAUUAGAGUUGUGAAUAAUGUUAACUCUAUACCAAAUGAUCCAGCUAUCGUCCAGAUGACUGUACAGCCAUCGAUGGGACAGCAAUCUUAUCAACCGCAACCGACUUAUGCUCAUCCAAUGAUGGGUCAAAUGGGCCCUAUGGGUGGUCAAUAUGGAACUCCUUACGGUAUGACUAUGGGUGCUAUGGGACCAGUAAUGGGCAUGCCGACUACUGCCAGAGAUCCUCGCGGGCCACUGAAUAAACAGCCAAGUGAGUUGAGCUUGGGCCCUGCUGAACCCAAUGCCAUCUCUAUCCCAAACUCACUAUCGACGGCCAAUGUCGACCCAUUACCAAAAGACCAAUCUCUGGAAGAUGGUGUACUGGAUCUUAUUAGCGGAGGAUCGAGAUCAACAACGCCGACAUCUUCAUUAUUGACUAGAAAAAGUCCUACAAUAGAUCAGGGCAUACAAGUAGGACAUCAACAGCAACAGCAGCAACAACAACAGCAGCAACAGCAAAGUAGUAGCCUUGGUAAACACGUUGAAAAGCCAAACAUUAGAACCGUUCAACCUCCACGUCGUGAUCACGAAGGACAUGUUGGUGGCAAAACGAGCAAUGCUAUGUCGCAAUAUAACGAUAUGAAGAGAGACGCCAUGAAAUCUGAUGGUCCGAUACAGGGACAAAGUGGACACCCCGGAGGUGGCAGAGGAAAUCGUGGUGGUUGGAUGAAUCGUGGAAAUAUACGUGGCCGAGGUAGAGGACGCGGUGGUUUUAGGGCCAAUCAACCUGGUAAUGCUGGAGCUAAAUCCAAAAACACGCUCAAAUUUGAUAACGAUUACGAUUUCGAGCAAGCUAAUACGGAAUUCGAGGAAUUAAGAUCCCAAUUGGCAAAGACCAAAAUCGACGGUGGUACGGAUAACGAGAAGAAAGAUGAUAGCGGUAAUGAAACUGGAGCAGGCGAAGGAGAACCCGAGGAAGAACCGGAAGUUGUUCAUUAUGAUAAAUCUAAAUCAUUCUUUGAUAACAUUAGCUGCGAGGCUGUCGAGAGGAGUAAAGGACGAUUCCAGCGUACGGAUUGGAGGACAGAAAGGAAAUUGAACUCUGAGACGUUCGGCGUGGCUUCGACAAGACGUGGCGGUUUUCGCGGCCGUGGCUACUAUAAUCGUGGUAUGGGAGGAAUGUAUGGGAGAGGUGCUGGCAAUAUCGGUACGUCUGGUUUUCGUGGUGGGUACAGAGGUACUCGAGGCGUCAAUCGCAAGCCCACCAAUCAACAACAGAAUAAUAAUCCUGGUAGUCAAGCUCGUGCGACCAACGAACAGUCUACUACUCAGUCGCAGCAGAACAACCGUCUUGUAACUGGAACGGCGUAAAACCUGGAAUAUGCCACACUAUGAACAACGCGCUAUUAAGUAUAAGUAUUCUUUAGAUAAUAAGGCUUUUACGGUAUAUGCUCUGCCCAUACGGACUGAAAAUGAUUUUGGAAAAAUUGGCAAUCUGAUCAAUUUUAGAUUGUCGUUAAAGGAAAUGUUGCGAAGAAUCUCGCGCGUGGGACUCUGCUGGCGCACAGAACUCUCGCAUCUAGACUUUUUUUCGGUGUAAGGGAGACGUUUACUCUACGGGGAAGAAAUGUUUUUUUCUUUUUCCUCUUAGCUUUGGAUAAUGAUCACGAUAUACGCGCGUGCACGCGCGCGCACACACACACACACACUCACUCACUCACUCACUCACUCACACACACACACACACACACGCACACGCACACUUGUCGAGAAUCGUCCUUUGAUAAUCGUUUAUAUGAUUGAAUGUAGUCUUGUAGUUCGUGUGCGUUCUCGAGAGGAAAUCUUUGCGCUUUUAAUUUUUUUCUUUUCUCUAACAGGCAUCGGAGCAAAUACAGGACACGUUACAUUUGAAUAUAAUCUUACAAUAUGAUCCAUAUGAGACGUUGAAAGCGCAGGCAGGUUUAUCAUAUUGAGAAGAAAUUGACGAAAAAUUACAAGUUCUAGUUUAAAACUUCUCGUUUAUAUUUUAUUCGAAAUGCGAAUUUCUUUCUCUCUAUAAAACAUUUUUCCUACGACUCUUUCAAGGGGACGUUUCAAGUUUAAUAUUUUUCCCAUAAGCUUCGUAUCGUAAUCAUUAUCACGUCUUUUCGUAUAAGUGUUUAGUAGAUCGAGAUAGGUCAAUAAAGAUGUGGCAGAGAAAAAAUAAAAUGAUAAAAAAAAUUAUACUGGUAAUUAUAUUUGCAUUAGUUAUAAACACCGAUAGGAUAUACUCAGUUUCGGUGAUGCCUCGGAAUAAAAAUAUUCUUAUGAAAAAGAGGGUAGACGUGCGUUUAAUGGCUAUUUCUGGGCUAUGUUGCUUUGUAUUCGUUUGACGGAAGUAUCUUAAGAUAUAGAGAGAAUGCAUGUAUAUAUAAUAUUUAUAAUUAUGUCCGAAACUGGAUAUGGUUAUAUAUAUAUAUAUAUAUAUAUAUAUAUAUAUAUAUAUAUAUAUAUAUGUAUAUAUAUAUAUAUUCUAUACAUAUGUAUUCUUUUUAUGUCUUUUCGAAGGGUAUACUGAGAGAAACUGAGUAUAUUCGUUGGUACUUAUCAAUCGUAAAAGAAUGUGUGACGCUGAGAAUGGAGUUAUUACUAUAGCUAAAUUAUCGCGUGUUUUAUUUUUUGAAUACGCAGACGAAAUUUCGAGAUAACCGACUAGAAGUUUCUACAAUAGAAGGAGAAGAAAAAAAGAAUAAACAAACAAACAAACAAUAUUUAGUUUUAAGCGAAUGGAAGAUUCUUUCGAAGGUAUAAAACUUAUGAUAAUGCGUGAGAGCUCUUUAAAAUGCAAAUAUGUAUAACCGAUACUGUCCUAUGUACGAAAUCGUCAUCGAACGCGUUCGUAGACGACCGUUAUUCACAUGGUAAAAGAAAGAAAGAAAAAAAAAAAGAAAGACAAGAAUACGACGAAUCGUUUGUUCGUUGUACCGUGUGUAAGAGAUCAAUAAGCAGAUGGCGAGCUUAAGGGGAUGAUUAUAAAUUGAAAGUACAAGUCACAUUUAACAGUGAAACGUGCACUAAUCGCAGCGAAGAGACCAAAACGCGAAUCGCUCUGCAUGAAAAAUUGACUUCGGUGCAUAGGGUAAAGAUUUUUUCGACUUUGCGACUGUAUCAGUGAUUAGAAAAGUGGCCUAACGUUUAAUUUUUUAUCAUUUAUUUUGAGUUCCAUCGAUCCAUAUUAUAAAAACAGAAAAACAUUUCGGUAAAUAUAUGGCUUUGGUCUCUUUCAUAAUCAUCAUUUCAUUCGACUCUUCCAUUUCAAAGCGGUGUGUUUCCAAAAAAAAAAAAGAAAAAAAGAAAAAAAAGAAGAAGAAGAAAGAAAAAAGAAACAAAACAAAAUAGGAAAAAUUAAAAAAUAACGACGCGAUAUUCGAGAAAGUACUUACAAUUAGAAUGAACGAAAAAAAAGAAUACUUUAUACUUGUAUGACGCACGUCGAGUCUGCUGCUGACCUUCUCUCAUUCAUAAAACUUCAUUGAGAGACUCCUCGAACAUAAAGAUUGAGAAUGAGAAGGAGGAGGAGGAGGAGGAGGAGGAGGAGGAGAAGGAGGAUGGGGAUGGGCGAAAAUUAUCGAAGAUAUAGAAAAAGGAAAAUGAAUGUAACCUGUCGCCAGUAGACUAGAUGAUAUAUCGUCAUCAUUAAUUAACAGAAUGGUUUUAUUAUAUUUGUCGUGUGUAUGUGAAAGAUUUGGGGGUAUUGCUAAGAAUAGAGGGAAGGUAGGUAACGUCGUUCUCCUUUUUUUUCUUUUUUGUUUUCUUCUUUUCGAUAGUUUUUACCGACAAAUUUUGCUCUUCUUUUUUCCUCGAUCUGGGUUACAUACAUUUUACAUGUUCAAAAUUUAAGAAUCAAGUGAAAUUCAUUAAUAUCUCAUUCGAUCGAAGGAACUUUGCGAAUCAUGUAUCGUAUAACUUCGUCUUUACGUAUUUCGAAUAUGGUCCGCGUGACACGAUACUGCACUUUGACGGUCGUGAAAGUAAUAAAAAAUUAGAAAAAAAGCUGGAUGAUCAAUGCCCCUUAGACGAGGAAAAGGAGUAGGAGAAGAAGGAAGACAAGUCUGAAAAGAAGGAUAACGGUGUAAUAAUGCGGAGAAGACAAAAAGUAUGUGUAUUAUUUGCGACUGUUAUUUUUCUAUGGCUCUUGCCGAGAUCCACGCAUAUAUACAAAUGUAUACAUAACGUAAGCCAAGAUUUAGUUAUACAUACGUUACAUAUAUAUAUAUAUAUAUAUAUAUAUAUAUGACGAUGGUGGUAAUGAUAACAUAUUGAUAAUGAUAAUAAUAAUAAAAUAAUAAUAAUAAUGAUGAUAAUAAAAAAAAUAAAAAAAGUAAACCUUCAUAGUCUAUCGGCGAUGCGGCCAAACGAAGUAUAAAGAGAAUAAUAAAAACAGAAAAAAACACAAAUCAAGUGUAUAUUAAACGUAGGCAGAUAAGAAGAAAAAAAGUAUAUGUUUUAAGUUUCUUGCAUUAUGCAUGGGGAGAAUAUUAUUACACGAUGUACGCGAUUUUCCAACGAUAAGUUUUUGUUUUGUACAGCGGAUAUUGUGAAUCCCGAUGCUAUGAAUAAUACUGAAAUGAUGAAAUAA